GUAUGAUAUGAGUAGUGACACUAGUGACUAAUGGCUUAUUGUAGAAAGCCCCGAACGCGUCCAUCGUGUGAUUUGAGAGACAAGUGGUUGGUUUAAAGUGAAAAAGAUUGAUGGAGGAGCCAAAGAAAAAAUCUAGGCGCGUGUCCAAAAACGAUGAUGGUACAAUGCAAAAUAAUGAAAUGACAUCCGAGGUUUUGAAAGUUCUUCUAUGUCCUUAUCUUUUAAGAAAUAUAUUUCAAUAUUUGCCAUAUGGUAGGCAUCUGGCGAAGGCUGCGAGGGUUUGUAGAUCCUGGGAGGAAGCUGCGAAUAAUGAGAACAAGACAAGAGAUCCUUGUUACAUUGUAGAAACACAUAGUUGUACAAUAUACCAAUCGCCUAAUUUUCCUAAUGUCAGGUUAGAAAAUUGGACGUCUGAUUUUAUAGAGAACAUCAGGAACAUAAGAAUUAAACCAUCAGUAUGUUUAUUUUUUGUUGAUAAAAAUGCUGCAAAUAGCGAAGAAUAUAAGGUACUUGAAAAUUGUGAAACUAUAAAAUUGUAUAAUGAUGGUAUUAUUAAGGAACAUGAAUAUAAAGAUGAUCGAUAUCCAGAUCAACAUAGUGAAAAGAUGUUAUGUGCGUUUUUGCCACAAAUUCCGAACGUGAGAGUAAAAUCGUUCAAAUUGCCAGAAAAUUGUAUCAUAUCGGAAACAGCCGAAUAUCAAGAGAUAAUUAGCACAAUUGUUAACAAUGAAACACCUAAGGAAGGUGAAACACCUUCCUUAAAUCACGAGACAUGUUUUAUGUUAUUUUGUAAUGAGGCGGGAUAUACAACAGCAGAUCGGUGGGCCUCAGCUAUACUGAAAAGUAAAGAAAAUAAAGUAGUCUCUAAUGGGGUGGUGAGGUGAAAGACUUGUGCAAAGGACAAACGAAAAUCAAACCUUCUGAGAGGUAUAAAUCACAAUGUGUCGCCGUUCUAAUUACUGGUCCUAUACAGACAUGGUCCAUAAUUUUGGAAAAGGAAUGUAUGACACGGAAGCAAACAUCCGAGAGAUUAAAAUUAUUUAAGGAAAAAGUGAAGUUAAAGAAACAUUCCAUAGGAUUUGUUUUCGCAAACUCAUUUCGAUAUGAUGAGUUUCAAGAUUGUUCAGAAAAUGAGUUUGAAGAAGGUGCAGAAAUAGAUGAGAGAAAUUUUAUUAAAAAUGCAGAAAUAUCAAUAUUCAAAAAAUUAUUCCACACAGUACCCUUAGUAGGUUGUUUAAGUGAAUAUGGCACAUUUGGAACAACUACUGAUGUCAUCGAUGAGAUAAAGAAAGAAAGAGACAAUAAAGAGAAACAAGAUUGUAAGAAAUCUAAAUCUUGUUAUUAUAAUGGCUCUACUGCGUUUUUAAUACUUACAUAUGAUUAACGUUAUUAAAGGGGAACACUACUGUGACUCUUACGAAAAAAAACUGCUAGUGCACAGUAGUGUACAGUAGUGGCACUAUUAACAUCCAAUAGUGUCACUACUGACAUAUAAUAGUGUCACUAUUUAGCCAGUAGUGCUACUAGUAGUGCUCAAUAGUACUGCACUAUUGUCACUUCUAAUGUACAUUAUUAGAUCCAGUAGAGCCGCUACUGCAAUAGUGUAUACACUAUUAAAUCCAGAAGUAGUACCAGUAGUGUUCAAUACUACUGCAUUAACACUACUUGUGUCAUACUGCAGUAAACACUACUUUUGUUCAUUAUUACACUGGUGACACUUUGUGACACUAAUUAUAGUGUUCAGCACUACCGCAGUAGUAAUACUAUUAGUAGUAAUAGUAUUUAAAACUACCGCAGUAUUCUAAAGUGUUUAGUAACGUAUAUACCGUAUUUUCAAUAAUUUUAAUGUUUAUGUAAGAAAUAUA